ACGUCGAUUUCGAAUUGCGCCCCUGAUCCUUAACCGAUACCUUAAACCGCCGCAACUUAGUAGACCGUCUACGAAACAUCCAACCAAAUAGAGAACUAGUGUAUUGUGGUUCAUCUUGGAGUUAAUACUUUAUCAAGCGUCUUGUUUUGAUAUUGCUAUCGAUAGCUUCGCCUCACCAUGGCGAACAGGCCCAACUUCAUCGACUUGAGGGCUAAUUCCUCUGCCUCAGUCAACAGUUCUGCCUCCCGUCCCCUUAGAUCGCCCCGGUUACAUGUCGCAGGGGAAGUCCCUCCUGCUCUAUCACCCCUCGAUGCCUUCGCAGCCCAGAGUCGCCUCCUGGCGAAGCAGCUCGAGGAGAGUGCUAAAGCUGGGAGGCGAAUGAGUCGCCUACCCCCAUUAACCACGGAAAGCCCCUUGGUCGUUCAGGGGCGCUCUGAAUACUUUCGCUCCUUGUCCUACGAUUCUACUGACGACCAACCUGAAGCGCAACCACAAAAUACUGGGCUUGGCUUGACCACAGAAGUGGAAUCACCGUCAGAACGGCCUGUGUCGAUGCACCCUCGAAUGAGCCGUAUACCUCCUACGCCCGACCACUCGGUACCCCUCCCUCCAAACCCGUUCUUGGAGAAUGCACGUGGCCGACAACUUGAGAAGCUUGACGAAAAUGGUGGAUUAUACGGUGCCCGUAGGGAACAAUCACCUAGUGAUUUGGAGAGUCUUGCCGACAAGUCGGAACACAAAUCGGAGGACCAUGAUCGCGACAACAGGGAGAUUUCACCCACCCGCACACGAUUCCCACCGUCUCCCGAGAAACUUACCAAGACAGUUUCACACGAAUCUGCUGGGCUGGUUCCGCCUAGGCCAGUUUUUCCUAAGCGUUCUUCAAGCAUCAUGUCGGCGCCUCCCGAGGCUAGUAACGACGAUGUCUUGAGUGCUUCUUUUUAUUCACAACCGGGUCGAAAACUUUCUUCAAGCAGCGCCUUCUCAGGGCCAGGUCUUGCGUCCCCAAUCGCACAUUAUCAAAGGUCACCUUCAAUUAGCUCCGACUAUUCUGCGCCUUUGCCGCGUCCUUCUUUCAACUUUUCUCGACCACUAAGUCGAGCGGGUACUCCAGGUUUAGAAAUGCCAUCCCGACAGGCCUCGUCUGACAGCCAACCGUCAUUUGUUCUUGCCGAUGAGACUGCGCAUACUCCAGUCAGUAUGCACAGCGAAGCUUUCUUAGAAAGUAACCUAGCAGAUGAUGGGAGAGGCGCCCCCUCAUACAUCUACUCUAAGUACUCGUUGCCGAGAGGAAAAUCACUGCAGCGCAACUCCGCAAUUUUCCGCGACGAGCCCUCUUCUUUUGUUUGGGAGCAGCCAGUGGUUCCCCAAAGCAACGUCCAAACUUUUCCAAGAAAUGGUCAAGCACCACCUUCACCUCCUACGCGGCCUUCCAGUUCUUCAUCGAGAUUCCAGGAAGGCACACACGGAGCUGAUUCCCUUCUAGCGCGCCCGUCCAUGGAACGAAGCAAGCUUUCUAAGGAAAUGUCGUUGGAUGGAAGACAACCAUCACCUGAUCCGAGUCGCCCUUCAACUAGCAUGAGCCGACCAUCAGAGGACGUACCUAGGGGCCGUCCUCUCACAUCGCCUCUUCAUGAGCAAGCUCGAGGACGAACACCAGCAUCCGUAUCCACAAGCGAUUCUGCAAGCACCAUUCGACCACCGAAGUCGCAACAUUCGAAUGCGCCCACAGCUUCCGAAAUGAGCGCCGAGGAGCAUUUAGCCAAGGGUAUCAAGUGCCAUGAGGAAGGCUCCGUGAAAGAGUCUACCUACCACUUGCGCCUGGCUGCACGUGCAGGUGAUCCAACAGGAAUGCUUCUGUAUGCCCUUGCUUGCCGACAUGGAUGGGGUAUGCGACCAAACCAGAAGGAAGGUGUUGAGUGGUUACGAAAAGCCGCCGAUGUCGUUAGUGCCGAAAUCGCGGAAGAUGAGGACCACGUUAAAGAAGGAAAAUCCGUGGAUUUCAUGGAUCGAAAGACCCGCAAGGCUCAAUUCGCCUUGAGCAUCUACGAGUUAGGUGUCAGCCAUAUGAAUGGCUGGGGAAUUGAGCAGGAUAAGGCACUUGCCUUGCGGUGCUUUGAGAUCGCUGGCAGCUGGGGAGAUGUUGACGCACUUGCCGAAGCUGGUUUCUGUUACGCUAAAGGUGUCGGCUGCAAAAAGGAUCUCAACAAAAGCGCUAAAUUUUAUCGCAUGGCCGAGGCCAAAGGCAUGAGUAUGCCAGGAAACAGCUGGAUACACAAAGCAAAGUAUAGCGACGAUGCCAACAGCGCAAAAAAGCAGCGCGCCCGAAGCAAGUCAAGGAGUAGGGGAAUAUUCCACAAAAAGGAGAAGGCUUAAGAAAAGGCAACAUGAAGUCAAAGGUGGACUACACGAUUACGAUUCGUAUUAUUCUGACUUCCUCGGCGUUUUGGUGGCAGCAUCUAUCCAACAAA